AUGGCGCGCGUGCUCCUGGCUGCGGCGGCCGCGGCGACUUCGAGCGCCCUAGGAAAUUUUUUCAGACUCCAAACUCCAGUUUCCGCAGUAAGAACGUUUUCCAUGUCACAGUCAUCGUAUAAAGUAUCCGAUUCUGUGUGGAAUCUGGGCCAACUCAAUCACGUCGCCAUAGCAGUGCCAGACUUGGAAAAAGCGUCAACAUUUUAUAAGGAUAUCCUUGGGGCCCAGGUCAGUGAAGUGGUCCCUCUUCCUGACCAUGGAGUAUCUGUUGUUUUUGUCAACCUGGGGAAUACCAAGAUGGAACUGCUUCAUCCCCUGGGCAGUAACAGUCCGAUUGCGGGUUUUCUGCAGAAGAACAAAGCUGGAGGAAUACAUCACGUCUGCAUUGAGGAGCGGGGGGCGAGGGUCGGGCGGAGGCCCCUGCGUGCCCGCCGCGCCGCGUGCGCCUGGAAGAGGCGGCCCUGCGUGCCUUACGCCGCGUCCCGGCCGCGCCCGCCGCUAUUCAGCUUCCCGGCCUCAUUAGCAGUCACCGUGUGCCGCUUCCCUCGGCUCACAAAGAGCUGCGACGCGGCGGCGGCGGUGCGCCUCGGCCUCGCGGACUCGGUGGCGGGGCGAGGUCGGCUGCGCCCCCGCGAAGCCCGCGGUCGAGCAGGUGAGCGGGGAGCCUGGCGCGCCCACUGGCCCGUGGCUGCAGCCGAGGGACGCCCGGGCCGGCGCGGGGACGGAGCGCGGGGUGUGGGUGGAGGGGCGCGGAUGCUGCGGCCCGAGCGGGGCUGCUGGCCGGGCCAGGAGCACGGGGGAAGGCGAGGCUGCGUGCUGCUGGGGGCCGAGGUCUGCACCAGCGUCAGCAUCCCUGGGGGACCUCCUGAGCCCGCGAGCGGGCGUGGCGGGGUGGGCGAGCGGUUCGUGCGUCUCGGGUGGGGGGCUCCCCAGCUCUGGUUCCGCCGCUUUGCUUGGUGCAGGCACGAAGUCCCCGCGCCAGGCUGCAACUCCCAAGUUUGGGGCAGAUCCCGGUCCCCUGCCUCGCUGGAAGCCAAGCUUGCAUCUUCGCCCCCGCCCUUUUCCUCUAUAAGAGCCACUCAAGGAGAAAUCCCAUACUCUGUUUCCCCUGGGCCACCGCGCGCUGCUGGGAGCCCAGUGCGGUCCUGUGUCUGGACCGGCCCCUAG